AUGCUACUUUCACUGGCCCCUUUCAAGUUCUGCGACAAGACCCAAGAAUUUCUAAACUUAAAAUUCUUCUGCACCUGCAUGUGCGGCAUGUCUCUGAAAGCAGAUGCUCUAGAACAGCGGUCCCCAGCCCCCAGCCAGGAACAGGUUCUGGCCCCUGUCCUGGUAGGAACUGGGCCACUGGGCAGGGGCCGCAUCAGCGCGCCUGAGGCAUCCGCCCCGGAAACAGGGCGUCCCCGCGCCCCGCACACAGGACUCACCCGGAAACAGGGCGUCGACUCACCCCGGAAACAGGGCGUCCCCGCGCCCCGCACACAGGACUCACCCCGGAAGCGGGGCGUCCCCGCGCCCCGCACACAGGACUCACCCCGGAAACAGGGCGUCCCCGCGCCCCGCACACAGGACUCGCCCCGCACACAGGACUCACCCCGGAAGCGGGGCGUCCCCGCGCCCCGCACACAGGACUCACCCGGAAACAGGGCGUCGACUCACCCCGGAAACAGGGCGUCCCCGCGCCCCGCACACAGGACUCACCCGGAAACAGGGCGUCGACUCACCCCGGAAACAGGGCGUCCCCGCGCCCCGCACACAGGACUCACCCCGGAAGCGGGGCGUCCCCGCGCCCCGCACACAGGACUCACCCCGGAAACAGGGCGUCCCCGCGCCCCGCACACAGGACUCGCCCCGCACACAGGACUCACCAGGAAACAGGGCGUCGACUCACCCCGGAAACGGGCCGUCCCCGCGCCCCGCACACAGGACUCACCCCGGCCAGGCUAG